UCUGGUCAAGGCGUAGAAUUUUCAAUAUCAAUUAUGAUGAUAUUAUUGUGCCACUCCUUAUUGUUGUGCAGUUAGUCUCAUGCAUUCCGAUACUUCUAUGUCGUCUCUUUAACGUCGCAUCUCAUCUUUAACUCUCACCCUCCAACACGUACUACUACUCUACUCAUCCUGUGAAAAUUGAGCUGAGCUGACAUGAAUUCAAUGGCGUCCGCGUCUUCACCAGGAGCACCAGAUCUGAACGGCGCCGUAGACGCUCCGUCGUCGUCGUCGUCAUCCCCUGCAGCGCCGCCUUUAAGCCGGUACGAGUCGCAGAAGCGGCGAGACUGGAACACUUUCUUACAGUACCUGCAGAGGAACCAGAAGCCGCCGCUAACCCUUCCCCGGUGCGGCGGAGCUCACGUGCUUGAGUUCCUCAAGUACCUAGACCAGUUCGGGAAGACGAAGGUGCACGGGAAUGGGUGCCCUUAUUUUGGGCACCCCAACCCUUCGGCUGUGUGUAUGUGCCCUUUGAAACAGGCUUGGGGCAGCUUGGACGCCCUCGUCGGACGGCUCAGAGCGGCGUACGAAGAGCACGGUGGGGCGCCGGAGUCCAACCCGUUUGCGGCGAGAGGCGUGACGGUAUAUCUUAGGGAGGUAAGAGAAACCCAAGCCAAGGCUAGAGGAAUAACUUACGAUAAAAAGAAGCGGAAAAGGUCUUCUGCGACUAGCGUUAGCGGUGGGGAUGAGGUUGUGGUGUAGUCUUGGUGGCGGCGCUGCUGCCGAUCUUCUGGCCGGUAGCUUUAGCGGUAUAAAAUAAUAGGUGUGUAAGAGUGUAAAAGAGUAUGUAUGACCCACAAAAUGGAAAGAGGAAAAUUAUUAU